CACAUCCACCUUCCAUCCAGAAAUACUCCCCGAAAGAGGUCAACUCUACUUUAUGCCAAAAAGCAGGAAUAUCAAAGCUGUAAAAUUAUCAUACACAAAAACAAACAUUUGCUCGAAAUGGCUUCUCCCACCACGGAGGGCGCAUCUCCUAUUGGAAUCGCAAACCUCCCAAAUCAACGACACAAAAUAGUUGCAAAGAGAGGAGCAGCAUUUACCAUAAUGGUCGCCGGUGAAUCCGGAUUAGGAAAGACUACAUUCAUUAAUACGCUCUUCUCAACUACGAUAAAAAACUAUGCAGACCACAAACGUAGACACGCAAAGCAGGUUGACAAAACAGUUGAAAUUGAAAUCACCAAGGCAGAACUAGAAGAGAAGUUUUUCAAGGUUAGACUGACUGUCAUUGAUACUCCUGGCUUUGGAGAUUAUGUCAACAAUCGCGACUCUUGGAUGCCAAUUAUUGAAUUCCUAGAUGACCAACAUGAGUCAUACAUGCUGCAAGAACAGCAGCCUAGACGUGUCGAUAAAAUUGACCUUCGUGUUCAUGCAUGUCUUUACUUUAUAAGGCCAACAGGUCAUACUUUAAAACCCCUAGAUAUUGAGGUCAUGAAGCGACUCAGCUCAAGGGUUAAUCUGAUUCCGGUUGUUGCCAAAGCUGACACUCUCAGCCCAGUUGAUUUAGCACGUUUUAAGCAGAGAAUUCGCGCUGUGAUUGAAGCUCAAAACAUCAAAAUAUAUACUCCACCAGUCGAGGAAGACGAUGAGGCUGCUGCACAACACGCCCGAUCCCUAAUGACUGCAAUGCCAUUCGCAGUAAUAGGAUCAGAAAAAGACGUAAAAACAAGUGACGGCCGUAUCGUCAAGGGUCGCCAAUAUUCUUGGGGUGUCGCCGAGGUCGAAAAUGAAGAGCAUUGUGACUUCAAAAAAGUUCGCUCGAUUUUAAUACGCACGCACAUGCUUGACUUAAUACAUACAACAGAAGAGCAACACUAUGAGGCAUACCGUGCACAACAGAUGGAGACGCGAAAAUUUGGUGAAGCUCGUCCUCGCAAGUUAGAUAAUCCGAAGUUCAAGGAGGAGGAAGAGAGUUUGCGCAAAAGAUUCACCGAGCAGGUUAAGAUCGAAGAGCACCGAUUCAGGCAAUGGGAACAGAAACUAAUAAGCGAACGAGAUCGUCUCAACAAAGAUUUAGAGAGUACACACGCAGCCAUCAAAAGUCUAGAAAGCGAAUUAGACCAGAUGCAGGGUGCAGCUGUGCGCUCUUAUGGUCGUCGUUGA